AUGGAGAAGAUACCUUGUGAUGAAAAUAACUGCUCAUAUUUAGAAUAUCUCAAUUGCCAUAUUAGUGGUAAUACUUUUGAGUUGAAGUCGACAACUUCAUCAAUGGUUUGUUCACUUUUGGACAAACUCUGUAAAUCUAAAGCAACUGGCCUAGAUAAAAUAUCUGCUAAGCUUCUGCGCUACUGUCCUGACCUACUGUCGGAAUCCCUUACCGUAAUUUUCAAUUGCUCUAUUAAUACCGGUAUCUUUCGUGAUGAAUGGAAAUGCUCAAAAGUUAUUCCAUUAUUUAAACACGGUGAGCGUAGGGACUUGAAUAAUUAUCGCCCAAUUUCGAUAAUCCCUGUUGUAGCGAAGGUUUUCGAGCGAAUUAUUUAUGAUCAAAUCUAUGCCUUUCUUACUGACAACAAUUUACUAUGUAACACCCAGUCAGGGUUUCGAUGUCUACAUUCAAAUGUCACCUACAUUCUUGAGUCCACCAAUAACUGGGCAUACAACAUUGACCAAGGCCGAGUUAAUGCUGUAGUUUUCCUAGAUCUUAAGAAAGCGUUUGACACAGUUAACCAUGGAAUUUUGGAAUCAAAACUGAAUGCGUAUGGUCUUGUGGGUGCUGUGG